AUGGAACUACAUAUUUGGCCAUCAGAUUUUGGUCUCCCAACGAUUGAUGUCUCCUCGCUUCAGUUUUUGGCAUGCUCAAAAAUGUGCGCCAGCCCAGUAAGAGUCGUCCAAUCGGCUCGCCCAUGGAGAUCACCGAAUGGAGAGCUCCCGAUGGUUGCCCAAAUCGAUGGGAACGCGAAACCAGUGACAGAUUUUGAGAAAUUCGUGGAUAUUCUGAAAAAAUGCGGACAAGACGUCGUGAUUGAUGCGGAUUUGACAACCAUUGAAAGAGCACAAUUGGAUGCGUUCUCCUGCUAUUUGCAUCAUAAUUUGUAUCCAGCUGUUCUCCACACGUUCUGGGCGGACGAGCUGAAUUACAACACAGUGACGCAAUACUGGUACGCGUCGCACCUCCACUUCCCAUACAAUCUGUACUAUCUGGAGAAGCGAAAGAAGAAGGCGUUGAGAAUGUUGGGCGGAAAAAAUGAUACAGAGAUUCUGAAGGACGCCUUCAUGGCGUUGAAUACGUUGUCGACGAAGCUGGGCGAUAACAAAUUUUUCUGCGGAAACAAGCCGACAUCGCUCGAUGCGUUGGUAUUUGGUUAUUUGGCACCGCUUCUUCGUGUACCACUUCCCAAUGAUCGUCUUCAAGUACAACUCUCUGCUUGUCCAAAUUUGGUUCGUUUCGUCGAAACAGUCUCAUCAAUCUAUCUCCCACUCAGUGAGGAAGAGCUGAAACGACAACAAUCCAACCGAAAAAUGUGGCAAUCUCGAAUCUCAAAAGCGAAAGCAGACAAAGAAGCUGCGAAAACGACGGAAGAGACAUCAGAAGCGAUGGCAGACGAGCCACCAAUGCGUGACGCCAUCCUCUUCACUAUUGGAGCUCUCGCCCUAUCGCUGGUGUUCGCCAUUCAUACAGGAUUGAUUCAAGUGUCUGUGGAAGAGGAAAUUGCAGAAUGA